UGCAUGUGGUCACGUGAUACUGAGUCUCGGCUGCUGAGCUGUUCCUGUUCGUGCCUUGUGCUGUAGAAUGCAGUGAAGUGGAGAGAGAGAGAAUCCUAAUAGCACAGCUGGGUAAGGUUCCCCAGUAUUUUAAUGCCAGGAGUUGGCAUCUCGGCCCUUUUUGUGUAAUGGAAUCACAGCUGCAACCCAUAGCAGUGGAUAGUUAGGUAAGCAGGAGAGAGGGGAUCGCUGCUGGCAUGUGGAAACGGGAGCAGAAGCAAUCUGUUGGGAACCAAUGUUUGGUCAGUAACCGAACACUCAACACCUGGAAGGAAGCUAUGCCAAUGGAUGAUGAAGCUGGCUCUGAGCUGCACUCAGCAGAUGCUGAACAGAACUCAGAGCCCAUGAGUGAGGAGAUGCUUCGCAAUGCAUAUCACCUUUCCCGGCUACGGAGUUCUUCAGUAGAAAUACGGGAGAAAGGGGCUGAACGGCUGAAAGAGGAGCUGGCAAAGGCACAAAGGGAGUUGAAGUUGAAGGAUGAAGAAUGUGAGAAGCUGUCUAAGGUGCGGGAACAGUUGGAGCAGGAGCUGGAAGAGUUGACAGCCAGUCUCUUUGAGGAAGCACACAAGAUGGUGAGAGAAGCAAACACUAAACAAGCUACCGCUGAGAAGAAGCUUAAAGAAGCUCAGGGAAAGAUUGAUGUCCUACUGGCAGAGGUAACAGCAUUGAAGACACUUGUAAUCACAUCUACACCGUCAUCUCCCAAUAGGGAGCUGCACCCACAGCUCCAGAUUCCCUCAAAAGCUGUCUUUAAGAAGGGCCAUGGUCGCAACAAAAGCAUGAGCAAUGCCAUCGUCACAGCAACUACACAAAAUUCACAGUUGCAGCCAAUUAAUAAGGAUGGUAGAGAGGCAGGGGUGCCUACUCUUCUCUCUCUGCUCCUUUGUAUCGUACCUGGGAGGGCGAUUUAUGUUACACCUGAGCCAUUUGAGCAUCUUUCCAAAUCAUCAUCGAUGCAGGAGCAUCAGAUCAACUUGAUUUUAUAUGAUGAGUUCCUGGCAUGGAAAGAAGAACCAACUCUGGAUAAGGUUUGCCCAUUCUUAGAAAGGAUUUACCAAGAGGACAUUGGUCCAUGUCUCUCUUUUGCCAAGCAUGAGCUGACAGAAGCAGUUCAGGCUGCUGUUGAGAGCAACACUUUGAGUAUUGAGCCAGCAGUUGUCCAAGCGUUACCAGUGGUCAAGGCUUCAGCCAUAGAGUGUGGAGGGCCAAAUGGGUGGCGGGCUGAAGUAGUGACGAAGUGUGCACUAAGUGGUCUGUCCAGAACCUGUAAACAUCGCAUCAAGCUGGGAGAUUCAGGAAGCUAUUUCUAUAUUUCACCAUCCUGCAGGUCCAGGAUUACGGCUGUUUGCAACUUCCUCACAUAUAUCCGGUAUAUCCAGCAAGGCCUGGUUCGACAAGAUGUGGAACAGAUGUACUGGGAAGUUAUGAAGCUGAGGAAGGAGAUGUCGGUCGCUAAACUGGGAUAUUAUACUGAGGAGUCAUAGUCUCUAAGUUAGUGUCCCAGAUUCAGGACUAGGCUGCACAACUCUAUUUUGAGAGGCAAAAAUUUCACACGAUGGAUUUAAACAAUGGAGAAAAAAAUGCCUUCUACAAACACAAAACUUUGCUUCCUUGAAAAAAUAAUAAUAGAGGAGCAAGUGUGGUAAAGUAUUCAGAACUCAUUACCUCCCACAUCCUGGAUCUGGGCUGUAUUUUGUUUUAAAACAUCGAUGCUGAAAGACUGAAUGAUGUACAGAGUAAUUUUGUAUUAUUUUCUAACCUCUAACUGUGCUCUGUAUUCACAACGGUCAACAUUUUUAAGACUCCACAACUCAGUAUUGAACCCUAAUAGACCAUCGUGACUUAAUUAUGUAACAUAA